AAAAAAGAAACCCAAUUCAAUACGUUGACUCAGACGUUAGUCAUAUUUAUUCCUGUAUCUGACUAAAACACCCUUCACUAAUUUCAAAAUAUACAAUCAAACCUAUCUCUCAUCUUCACAACGAAUCUCUCUCAUCUUCACGGAGAACAGUUUUCGCCGCCUCCGUUCUCCGUCGUGUCAAUCGUCGAAUGCUUCCGUGCUUCUAACAGCAGAGGAAGCGAAAUCUGAGGAAAGAAAAUGGACAAGAACUUGGAAGAUUUGAGAAAUCUCGCGGAGCAGUGGUUGCAUGAAGGAAAUGAAUUCGUUCAACAGAUACCGCCGGCUCAGCUUUAUGCUGCUCUCGGUGUUCUGUUGUUAACUACCAUCUUCUUCUUCUCUAUUCGGUUGUUCAGACGUACGAAGUCCAAUACUGUACUCCUCUCUGGGCUUAGCGGAAGUGGAAAAACCGUGCUCUUCUAUCAACUCCGAGAUGGAUCUUCUCAUCAUGGUGCUGUAACGUCAAUGGAACCGAACGAAGGAACCUUUGUGCUGCACACUGAGAACACUAAGAAAACAAAGCCUGUUCAUCUUGUUGAUGUUCCUGGGCACUCUCGGCUUAGGUCGAAGCUAGAAGAAUACUUGCCUCGAGCAGCCGCUAUUGUGUUUGUAGUAGAUGCACUUGAGUUCCUCCCAAACUGUCGCGCAGCUUCAGAGUACCUUUACGACAUUCUGACAAAUGCGAGCGUGGUUAAGAACAAGAUCCCGGUCCUGCUUUGCUGUAACAAGACGGAUAAAAUAACUGCACACACAAAAGAGUUCAUCCGCAAGCAGAUGGAGAAAGAAAUAGAGAAACUUAGGGCUUCGAGGAGCGCGAUCUCAGCAGCUGAUAUAGCCAAUGACUUUACGCUCGGGAUUGAAGGAGAAGUGUUUUCCUUUGCGCAUUGCGUAAACAAAGUCACGGUCGCUGAAGCAUCGGGACUAACAGGUGAAACAGCUCAAGUACAAGAGUUCAUCAGAGAAUAUGUUAAGCCAUGAGAGCUGCCGAAAAUGUGUGAGCAUCAAUCAUACACUAUAACAAAGUAUUUUCUUGUGUACAUGAUGAAAUUUAUGAUUUUGGAUGAUGGAAAUUGUGUUAAUGCCGUAGAGAGUUUUAGCGUCUCAUCCAAGCAACCUGUUAAAACCCACAAAGUUCUAGUCCAUGCUCAUCUGUUUAAUCUCAGCUGAUGGAAUUAUCUUUAUGCUCUGAACACAGUUUAUGAACUCUCUACAAAAAAAUUCAGAAUUUUCAAAGUUUAUGAACAAAAAAGAAUGGAAACUUUCUAAAGAUCUAACGUGUGAAUGGUAAUUGCUCCACACUUACACCCAUGGAUCAUCGCCGACGAGAAUGAUGUCGUUUUCAUGAUCGACGUAGACAAGAUUCCAGUAUGAUGUUUUCGGAUCCUCAAGCUGUCCUUCGAUCCCAAACAUGCGAGCUAGAUCAUGCCUCAACUCAUCGUAGCCUAUGUAACGGUUGACAUCUAUCGAUCUCCCCACCGAACCUCGCUUUUGCGCCUCGAAAAACAUUACAAAAACAUCGCUUUGUGCAAGACUUUGCCCCCUAGGUUUCACCUCGAAAAACGUACAAAAAGUAUCUCCACGAGAUGUUUUGUACAUGAUCUUGUGUUGACAUCGUCUAUGGCAUCUUUUGCACAAGGGUCGACUAAGACGAGUGUUGGGAAUAAGCUCAAUCGUUAACCCAUCAAUGUGAUACAGAGUUUGUCCAGCCUUCAUAUAAGGGUUCUUACCUAAUAUACAAUCGAUAUGGAACGUGACACCACACUCAUUGCAUGCGUAGUAUCCUUUCCUCGGAUCUGUUGUUUUCUCGCAAACUUGGCACCAAUAAGGAGUGGUUGCAUUCUUCUCAUAAGUAAGGGUGAGAAUAUGCUCAUCAUGCUCAUGCUUCGUCUUGUAAGGAAGAUUGGCACAGCGAAAGCACAAGAUAAAGUUACACUUAACACAGUUUAAACAGCGAUUCUCUGGUGAAAAACAUAUCGAGCAGCUUUGACUAGUUCCUCGCCUCAAAACGGACACGCUAAGUACGUUUCUAUAGGAGGCGUCGGUUUUAGAAUCAACCUGUGGGGAUGCACCACGCUGUAUUUUAAGCGAGAGAGAUUUGCACAUUCUUCAUGCAAAACGAAAUCACACUGCAUACAGCUAUAAACAUUACCUUCACAGAGAGGAAGCAUGCACGCUUGACAAACUUGUUUCCCAUCAAAGACUCUUUCAGUAUCAUCUUCAUCAACGAGUCUCAUGUGAUGGUGCGCGUGGCUAAAAUGCCGUAUAACACCGUCACCUAUCUCCUCAAACGACUGAACAUUAUCAUGUACCAGUACCUCCUCUGGUUCGUCCUCAAGUUCUUUCCCAUCCCAUACAUCACGCUGAGUCGCACACCUGGAGUGCACUGCAUAAGCGCAGCUCUUUGUGCAAGAAUAUGCACCAUAGUUUUCAUUCAUCUUCCGGCGACAAACUCCGCAAGACCAAUCCUCGGAAGGAAGAGAGUAAGCAAAAGAAAGACGAUGGUUGUGAAAAGGUAUUAGUAUAACGCGUGGCAAGUCGAUACACGUUCGAUGGACUACAAAGUCGCACUGAAGACAAAUGUAGAAGCAACAUUUGUUAUCAUUUGAUGCACAAACGUCACAAGUAACCGAGGCUUGUUUUGGGAAGUAGUGGAGGGUAUGCUCAUGCCUUUUGAGAUUGUUUAUAGCAGAAAACUCUCGUUUAUUUGCACAAACAGGAUCCAAAGAAAGACCCCACUUUGAAGAAUGAUAAAACAAUCCCGAAAACCCCAUUCCACAAGAAUGACAUUCCUUUACGGUGACGCCACGAUCAUAUUUAAAAAGCUGAAGAGGGUAUUUUGGGUGGCAAGGGGAAAUGAAAAUAGGAGGAGACUCGACACAUUCUUUGUGAUAAGAAUUUUGACAGUCGUUGCAAAAGUAAUAGAUCGUACCAGUUUUAAAGCUACGACAAGCGUUGCAGUAGAUUUCGUGUCCUUCACCUUCUUCAUUAUUGUUGCACCCAAGAAGCAAGCGAAGAUGGUGAGAACGUAAAACCUGGUCUUCUUCAGCAGCAUCAGAGAUGUGAUAAGAAUUGUUAAUGGUGAGAAAAGUUGUAUGACCAAUCCUUAUCUCUGGGAACCAUCUUUCUUCUGUGUUUUUGGUUCGUAAGUCAGGGCAUAUGAAAGGAGCAGGAGGAGGGUAGUCGAUGGAGGUUCUUAUGUCAAGGGAUCGUGGAGGAGAAGCAAAAGGAGAAUCCAUGGAUAGUAUUCAAGAGAGCUACUUGUUUUUGAUGCUUAGAAGAGAUGUUAAGAGUUUUU